GGCGGUGCCGGCCAAUGGGAAUGCCCCGCGGCGCCGGCUGAGCCGCCGGGCCAUAAAAAGGAGGCGCGGACGGGUUUUCCAGCUUGUGGCCGCCCCCGGCUCGGAGUGUGACAUAAGCAGGUCGUAUACCUUUCUCAGGUGACUCCGGCCACAGCCCAUUGUCCGCGGCCGCCGGCGGAGUUUAGUCGCAGACCUCGAAGCGCCCCGGGGUCCUUCCCGAACGGCAGCGGCUGCGGCGGGUCCAUGGAGAAGGGCCCUGUGCGGGCUCCGGCGGAGAAGCCGCGGGGUGCCAGGUGCAGCAAUGGGUUCCCUGAGCGGGAUCCGCCGCGGCCCGGGCCCAGCAGGCCGGCGGAGAAGCCCCCGCGGCCCGAGGCUAAGAGCGCGCAGCCCGCGGACGGCUGGAAGGGCGAGCGGCCCCGCAGCGAGGAGGAUAACGAGCUGAACCUCCCCAACCUGGCAGCCGCCUACUCGUCCAUCCUGAGCUCGCUGGGCGAGAAUCCCCAGCGGCAAGGGCUGCUCAAGACGCCCUGGAGGGCGGCCUCGGCCAUGCAGUUCUUCACCAAGGGCUACCAGGAGACCAUCUCAGACGUCCUGAACGAUGCUAUAUUUGACGAAGACCAUGAUGAGAUGGUGAUCGUGAAGGACAUAGACAUGUUUUCCAUGUGUGAGCAUCACUUGGUUCCAUUUGUUGGAAAGGUCCAUAUUGGUUAUCUUCCUAACAAGCAAGUCCUUGGCCUCAGCAAACUUGCGAGGAUUGUAGAAAUCUAUAGUAGAAGACUACAAGUUCAGGAGCGCCUUACGAAACAAAUUGCUGUAGCAAUCACGGAAGCCUUGCGGCCUGCUGGAGUCGGGGUAGUGGUUGAAGCAACACACAUGUGUAUGGUAAUGCGAGGUGUACAGAAAAUGAACAGCAAAACUGUGACCAGCACGAUGUUGGGUGUGUUCCGGGAGGAUCCAAAGACUCGGGAAGAGUUCCUGACUCUCAUUAGGAGCUGAGCUUCAGUGUGUGUGCGUUGGUUGCCGAUCGUACUGCCAGUAGCCUUGUCUGUCUGUCUGGUCUUGUUUGUACAUUCCAUUUUCAAUUGUUACAGAUGUGAACUUUAUUCCUUGUCACUAAUUACAUUUAAAAUUAUUUCUAGGAAGUCAAAUAAAUAUAAUAAAGGGUUGAGCCCUCUACUUUCUUCUUGCCACCUUUUUUGUGGCAAUAUUAAAGUGAACUGCUAAUAGUGUAAGUACAUGCACAAAACCACUGCCAGAUAACCAGAGGGGCCUGGGAAGGGAGAAGAAUUAGUGUAGUUUUUUCAAAUAGUACAGUAAUUUGACUCAUAAGCAUAGGAGCAUUGGGAAUGAGAGGGAACUGGGCCCAGUAUACUGUUUUUUUCUUCCUCCAGUAAAAGUGGUGUAGUGCUGAAAGUGCUAAAAUAUUUAGUGCGGUAUUGCUCUGUGAAUUCAAGUUCAACAGACUCCACUUUGGUCAUGUUUAUUAAACCACCAGUGACAUUUAAAAAUAUAUUUUUAGCAGUUGUAAUGUUAGUCACCAAGGGAAGGUGGUGGAAUGUCUAUGUUUUUGAUUUUACUGUGAGUUAAAAAGGCACAUUUCUACCUUCUAUUGUUUUUUUAAAUUCAAGAAUAGGGAAUUAGUUCCUGGUGUUGUUUACGAGUGUAUUCUCAUGUCAACAUACAGGGAUUUAGACAUUUAACUCUCUGUGCCUUGAUAAAGAAUAUCAUUUAGAGUGUAGAUACUUUUGCCUUUUUAAAAAAAGCCAUUAUUUUAUGAGACUUAGUACUCACACUGCAAAUAACUAGUCAUCUCAGUUUUAACUUUAUAGGUUUAUUGAGAGUUUCCUUUGUGUGAUCCAUGUAGAUGCCUCAAAAUGUUUCUUCGUCUUCUUUUUUCUAACCUUAUAAGAUAUUUUUCUAAGUAUUUCCAGAAACAUUUGAGAGUGCCCAUCAUUUUCAGGUCUGCAGAACCAUAGCUUCCACGCACCUGAAAGAGCACAGAAUGAAUGACGGUGGAAGACAUUAUGAGCUGUGUCCAAUGUUCUAACCAAAGCUUAUCAUACCAAUGAUCUGUGAAAAUGCACUGGAAGCUUCUGGUCCCGGUUUCCUUUGUGGUCUACGUGGGUCUUGUCCUCGUUGUAACUCCGUAUAGGUGGUAUAGGUAUUUUAAUCCUGGAAGCUGUUGCCUUAUUAAUGAUUAUCUUAAACUUUCCUCCAUUGGGGCAGCGUGGGCCAAAUUAAAACAAACAAAACCGCAACUCCUCCACAGAAACACAAACACAGUUAUUCUAUGAAGUUUAUUAUUUGGUUGACAUAGUGCUCUUCAAAUUCAUCCCAUUACCCUAAAAGUAAUAACUUUGAUGCUUGCUUUAACUUUAGUCCCAUCUCUGCCACUUUGAUGCUAUUUGGGUUAUGAUGGGGCAAGAUGGCAGAGGUAUUGGGUUUUUUUGUUUUUUUCCAUUCCUCUCUACUUCUGUCUAUUUCCUAGCUUUUUCUUUCUGGAGUUUAAGUACAGUGAUGGUUGGCUUGAGUACCUUUUUAAAUCUAGCCCAGUAUAAACAUUAGCCUGCUUAAUAUUUAGACAUUUAUAGGUAGAAUUCUGAGCACUCAACUCAUGUUUGGCAUUUUAAAGUAAAAACAAGUGUGACUUCGAGGACCAAAGAAAUUGUUAGCUAUACAUUUAUCUUUAUGAACUCAUUUAUAUUCCUUUUUAAUGACUCGUUCUAACAUUUCCUAGAAGUGUUCUUAUAAAGGUCUAAUGUAUCCACAGGCUGUUGUCUUAUUAGUAAAUGCAAAGUAAUGACUUUGUCUGUUUUACUCUAGUCUCUAGUACUUCAAAAUUACCUUUUCAUAUCCAUGAUCUUGAGUCCAUUUGGGAGAUUUUAAAGAAUUUGAUGUAUUUCAAUACACUGUUCAAAAUUAAAUUGUUUAAUUUUAUGUAUGUGUAUGUAUGUUCCUGAAGUUGGUCCUAUUUAAAUUAUUAAAGUAUUGUAACUUUGUUCUUGUGAAA